UAGUUAUAUGUUGAACAUAAGGAGUGUUGCAUGUCCAAAUUGUCCAGUUCAAAGUGAAACACAUGUUGAGGAAAUUGUAAUAAUGCCUAAACGUAAGAAAAAGCUAAAACAAAUUAAAGAUUCUAGAAAACUUAAAAAGCUCGCUGAUGAGUUAUUGAAUGAGAAAGCUGAGCAACAAUUUCAUAUUAAUAUUAAUUUAAACAACACACAAACAACUCCUUGCAUUAGGUUACAAAUCUUUGACUCGUAUAAUUCUAAUCAAUGUAAUUUUAUUGCUGUUUGUAGAUUUUUUCUUAAAAAACUUAGUUGGCAUUCUCACACACAAACAACUUCAUGA